CAGUGUCGCGGGGUUUUCCACCUCAACUCAAUCCUGCAUAGCAACAAUAUCAGAUGAGCACCACAUCACAAGGGUUCUUGAAAUAUGAGUUUCUACAAAUGGGUGACAGAGUGCCAGCUUACAGUACAGCCUGGCACAGCAUGCUAGGCGUGUCAAGCCUUAGAUCAAAUCUUGUGGCCCUUGCGCAGAACGCGGAGAGAUUUCUCUCUACUUCAGCUAUCACAGACCGAGUGCAAACAAUCGUGCCGCCAGUGACGCCCCUUGAGACGUGCAACCCGUACGAGCAGUGCAAUGGAAUGAAAAGACUGACGGUCAGCUUAUCGAAUGGAUAACUGCAUUAGGUAGACAGAUCGCAGGAUCAUGGCAACACUGAUGGCAACACGACAUGACCAAUCGCCGAUCAGGCGGCCAGCAUCUCAAGAACCUACACAUACUGAAGUUACGGUCAAUCCCAGGACCAUUCCUUGCGUCUAUCACGGACCUCUGGAGGACUUACCAGAUAGAGUAUGGCAGCUUCAACGAGUCCAUAGGGAAAUGGCAUGAGAGAUAUGGGCCGUUCCUUCGCAUCGGCCCAAACACUGUGAUCAUAGCUGAUUCAGCUGCGGUGAGCACGGUCUACUCGAUGCACGGAGAGUUCAAGAAGGUAAGUCCACUGCCUCGAGUGUCAUAUCCACAGCUGACACCGUGUUUGAAGGCCGAUUCUUAUCAACCUCUCCGAGUGCUUUCGCAUGGAAAAAUUGCCGGAAGUGUCAUUGACAUGCAGGACGAAGCCGAAAACACCGCACUGAGAAGAGCCGUGGGCAAUGCCUUUGCAAUCAAGAACAUAUUGGACUACGAGGCCGACGUCGACUAUACGACUGAGAACCUCAUCCAAACACUCCGCAAGGCCCGCAGCCCGGACGUCUUCCUUCUCAUGCAGCAGUUCCAGGUCGACUUCCUGAUGAAAGCGGCAUUCAGCAGGAAUACGGACUAUUUGACCGCCAGAAAAUCCACGAGCGAGCUUACCGGACAUACCAGGCUUUCCCACUGGACGAAAUGGCAAAGCAUGCCCACGCUCGAACGAGUGUUUUACAAGUCGCCAUUCUGCAAAGAGUGGUAUCGAAGGACGGGAAAACCACCACUCUGGACUGCCAUGGCCACAGAAGAGCUGCACACCCGUCAAAAGAUCGCUUCGAAUGUCAAGACAGUCAAAGAGCAGGAUCUCUUGUCGAAGUACAUCGAGGGAGCCAAUCGUCACAAGGACGUGUCAAUGGACUUGCUACGCCGGAUGAUAUCGUCUACCAUCUCCGCUGGGUUCGACACUUCGGCAUUCACGAUGACGGCCAUCCUGUACUUCCUGCUGAAAACACCUGACGCGAUGCGGAGAGUGCAGGCCGAGCUGAACAAAGCACUGGGAGCCGGCGAGCUGUCCAAUCCGCCGCGAUAUACCGAGACCGACAAGAUGCCCUACCUCGCUGCCGUCAUCAAAGAGGCGAUGCGCCUUUAUCAUUUUCUGGCAGGUCCCUUGGAACGGGUCGUUCCUGUUGGCGGCGCCGAGAUAGCUGGAAGAUGGCUACCCGGCGGUACAGUUGUUGCUGUUCCCGCGGGUGUCGUCCACCGCGACAAAACGGUGUAUGGGGAGGAUGCUUGCUUCUUUUGGCCGGAGCGGUGGUUGCAGGCUGAUGAGCAUCAGCGUAUUGUGAUGGAAAGGACGAUGCUAAGCUUCGGCGCUGGAAAGCGCAUCUGUCUUGGGAGGCAUAUCGCGGAGUUGGAGAUGAAGAAGGUCAUUCCGAGAUUGUUGCUGGAGUUCGAUAUGGGCCUCGACGACCCAGAGUAUAUUCUCGAACCGGUGGACAAGUACAGCCGAUUCAUGAAACCCUUUUCGAUCACCUUCAGAGACAGAAUAUGAUGUCGAUAGUGAACGAGUCACCCGUUUGGAGAGAUGGGCGGUUAAAGAUCCUACUAUUCAGCGCUAGU